UGCCUCACCAAUUUGACUGUUAUUUCUCUCACAUCCCUACACAAAAUACUGCCCACUUUCGCCUGAACCAGACGCAGUUACAACACUAAAAAAUACCAAGGAAUAAAUAAUAAUAACAAGGAAAUACAACUGUGAUCAUUCGACUAAAUACAACGACCAGCAAACCCUUCACAUACCCACACAAAGACACAGAAACAUUCAGUACCUAGUCAUGACAAACAACUGCAGACAAAACUAAUUUUCUGCCAGACCACAUUUGAGGAGGAAAGAGCAGGCCAUUACUGUCAAGUGCUAAAAAUAUACAUCUUGAGAUUGGAGAAAUAAUCAAAAUCAAUUGCUUAGCCGAUAAAACGAACCAGGACAUAGAAGGGAGAGAGGAGGCUGUAAUGACGACGAUUGACGCGAUGUAGCGCAGACUUAUGGUCGGCGAACGCGAUAGGGACCGUGAGGCGGUACGCUGGGCAACGGGUGAAUCAACACCGCUUCAAAACAAUAAUGGAGUAUUACAAAUGGUUGGGCAAUUGCAAGGUGGACAGGCUGCUAGCCAACAACAGCAACAACAACAACAAUCAAGUCAGCAACAUUCAAAACAGCAGCAGAAGCAACUACAGCAACAACAACAACAGCAUCAGCAGCAUUCGGAGCACUUGCUCUACCAGCAACAGCAGCAACAACCGCAGCAACAACAGCAACACGAGGCAAUUGCCCGCGGACUGCAACUUGCGCCAUCUGCCGACAUCGGCGAUAAUCAGCCCUACUACGAUACAAGUGGUAAUGUCGAUUGGGAGCGGGCGAUGGGAACCGGUGGAACUAGUCCAUAUGGUUGCAUCGGUGGAUCUGUCCCAACAGCUGGCAGUGGUGCUUAUAACAUUGGCCCAAAUGUUGCCGGCGGCCCACUUGUCCUCAACAAUCGUCACCUGGAUUAUGCUGAUGGCAGCCACAUUGGUGGCCCAUCCACCGCAGCCGGCCUUGGUCUGGGAUCUUCUUGUGGAGGAGCUAAUCUGGCGACUGGGGGCGGGACAACCGGCACCGCAACCAGCAGUACCGGAGCCAUUGGCAAGGAAGUUCGUUACGCUCCAUUCCCAGUUACAUCACCAACGCAUUCAAAUCCCACAACUUCCCAGCAAACCCUGGCGGGCCCUGGGGGGGCAGGUGGUGGGGUGUCUGGUAGUGGUUGUAGUGGAGCCGGCAGCGGCCCAGGUGGUGGCAGCCUUGGCGGACCCCAUACAAACGCUACAGGCAGCAUUAAUCUGGGCGGAGGCUCCACUUCCAAUGCAGGACUUAGCCACAGCAACACCACUGGCGCCCUCCAGCGGACACAUUCCCGAUCAAUGUCCUCCAUACCGCCACCAGAGCCGUUCAUGAUAGCCCAGUCGAAGCAGCUAAAUAGUCGCGUUUCCAUCAAUGUUGGUGGCGUCAAGCACGAGGUCCUCUGGCGCACACUGGAACGGCUGCCGCACACACGACUGGGCCGCCUUAGGGAAUGCACUACCCAUGAGGCCAUUAUUGAGCUAUGCGACGAUUACUCGCUGGUCGACAAUGAGUACUUCUUUGAUCGUCAUCCAAAAAGCUUUAGCUCCAUAUUAAAUUUUUAUCGAACCGGGAAAUUGCAUAUUGUGGACGAGAUGUGCGUGCUUGCGUUUAGUGAUGAUCUGGAGUAUUGGGGCGUUGACGAACUGUAUUUGGAAUCGUGUUGCCAGCACAAGUAUCAUCAGCGCAAGGAGAAUGUUCACGAGGAGAUGCGGAAGGAGGCCGAGUCGUUGCGGCAACGGGAUGAGGAGGAAUUUGGCGAAGGUAAAUGCGCCGAGUAUCAAAAAUAUCUCUGGGAGCUGCUUGAGAAGCCCAAUACAAGUUUUGCGGCGCGGGUUAUCGCAGUGAUAUCCAUACUAUUUAUAGUCCUGUCUACCAUAGCCCUGACGUUGAACACCCUACCACAACUACAACACAUUGACAAUGGUACGCCACAGGAUAAUCCGCAAUUGGCAAUGGUUGAGGCCGUGUGUAUCACGUGGUUUACCCUAGAGUAUAUACUUAGGUUUAGCGCCUCGCCGGACAAGUGGAAGUUCUUUAAGGGUGGCUUGAACAUAAUCGAUCUAUUGGCAAUACUUCCAUAUUUUGUUUCGCUAUUUCUAUUGGAAACGAAUAAGAAUGCAACGGACCAGUUCCAGGAUGUGCGCCGGGUGGUGCAAGUCUUUCGCAUCAUGCGCAUCCUGCGAAUCCUUAAGCUGGCCCGUCACUCAACGGGCCUGCAGUCGUUAGGCUUUACGCUGCGUAACUCUUAUAAGGAACUCGGUCUACUAAUGCUGUUCCUGGCCAUGGGCGUUCUCAUAUUUUCUUCGCUGGCAUAUUUUGCCGAAAAGGAUGAAAAGGAUACAAAAUUCGUUUCAAUACCGGAAACAUUUUGGUGGGCGGGUAUUACAAUGACAACUGUUGGCUACGGGGACAUCUAUCCCACAACUGCACUGGGAAAGGUUAUUGGUACUGUGUGUUGCAUAUGCGGUGUUCUGGUAAUCGCUUUGCCUAUUCCCAUCAUCGUUAACAAUUUUGCUGAAUUUUAUAAGAAUCAGAUGCGACGUGAGAAGGCCCUCAAACGGCGCGAGGCGCUCGAUCGCGCCAAACGCGAGGGCAGCAUUGUAUCCUUUCAUCAUAUCAAUCUGAAAGAUGCGUUCGCCAAAUCCAUGGAUCUCAUCGAUGUGAUUGUUGAUACAGGCAAGCAAACUAAUGUCGUACAUCCCAAGGGUAAAAGACAAAGUACACCCAAUAUAGGCAGACAGACCCUUGAUGUGCAAAGCGCUCCAGGACACAAUCUCUCCCAAACGGACGGAAAUAGUACUGAAGGCGAAUCGACAAGCGAUCGCAAUCCUGCAACUACGGGAACCGGCUGUUAUAAGAACUAUGAGCAUAUAGCCAAUUUACGAAAUUCAAACCUUAAGCAUCGACGUGGUUCCAGCUCUGAGCAGGACACUGUUCCACCUUACAGUUUCGACAACCCGAAUGCGAGGCAAACCUCAAUGAUGGCCAUGGAAAGCUAUCGUCGUGAGCAGCAGGCGCUUCACGCCCAGCAACAGCAAAAUCCCCAAAACACAGUGGGAAGCGGAGGAAUAACUGCUGCUGCUGGUGAUGGAAGUAUGGCCAAUAACUUAGCCAUUGUGGCGGCUUCAAAUGCGGCAACAGCUGUGGCUACAACUGGCAGCAACAGCGCACAGGAGGAAGCUGCUGGAGAAGAGGAAGGACAGGCAGAGGAUGCCAUGACAAUUGCAUCAAAUCAAAAAGGACUUCCUAUACAAAUGAUGAUAACGCCCGGGGAAGUGGCUGAGUUGCGACGCCAAGUGGCGCUUGAGAAUCUGCAGAAUCAGCGCAUGGAUAAUUUGGAACAAGAUGUGCCCGUGGAAUUCGAAUGCUGCUUCUGCACAACUAAGGACUUUAAGGAGUAUACAGAUGCGGAGGGUGUCAUUUCGCUUCCAACUUCCGACUUUCAUAAGCCAAUUUGUCUGGAAAUGCGUCUGGCAGCGGCCAAUCGUCAAGCCAAUCAAUUCGGUUUGCUGGGUCCACCUCCCAUGUUGUCUUUGCCGCCACCCCCGCCAUUACCGUUACCCCCCUCGACAUCCGCCAGUGCCAGUGUUAUGCCCAUUAUAUCCCAAUCAUCAUCUACCUCCUCGUCGUAUGGCACUACCACGUCCACCACAAUUGCUUUGCCGCCAGACACACCAAUACGUUAUGGUGCCGCUAUAACCACUUCCAACUUCAAUCACAACUUCAAUAACAACUUCAACACAACCACUGCGGGAUUGGCUGGAGGUGCCUCUGGAGGUGGUGGAGGAGCCAGUGGCUUGUUAGUCUAUGGUGGCAACUUUAACACCAUUUUCGCCAACGGUACCAACAACAAUAACAAUGCCGAUCUAGCCAGUGUGGAUAGCUCGGACACUUAUGCUAGCUGCCAGACGCAUCCGUUUCUCUCACAGGGCGAUCUUACUCUCGACUUUAAUGAUGAAUCGUGCACCUUGGACAUCGAUAUGGAUAAUUUGUACAUAAAUCCGCUUGAACGAGAGACCACUCAUCAUCAUCAAGCGAUAAGCAGUUCUACGGGCUUUAUAGUAGGCCUGCCGCCCACAGUCUCAUCAUCCGGACUUCGAGCCCAGGUUAAGAAGAGUGCUUCUGGGGAUACGGCAUUAAGGAAUCUUGCUGCCGGUGGGCUCAGUCCAUUGGAUGAUGUCUAUCAGAAUUUUGAUGUCCAGGAGCGAGGAAGUCGCGUCAGCUUAAACGAAAACUCAGUGCCAAAGCAUCGCAAGACGCGAUUUCAGCAGAGCUUCACUACGAGCACAUCGCCGGCGUCGAGCACCUUAAGAGGGGCCAGUGCGAAGCCAAGAGCACGUUUCGAGGACACAAGGCUUGGUGAGGACUCACGGUUCGGAACGGGUUUGGUGCGAAUGGAUAGUGCCAGCGUUUCAGGUAGUACAGCAAGCAGCAGCAAUGUGCCCAGCUCCACCAACACCAGCCAAAAGAAAAAGCGUUCGGUAUUCACGCCGGGAAAGAGCAUAGCCACUGCCACCAAAUUAAUUAAUCAACGGUUGUUUGGCGUACAAAACGUGGGAAGCAAAGCCAAAUUCGAGAGCAAACAUUCCUCAUCGAUUGACUCGAUUGAUGCCUCGCCCAAUUUGGAACACCACAGACGCUCCAAAUCGAUACUGAAAAACAAGUCUGAUGUAUCACGCAUACUCUCUGAUCCUGAAUGUGAGCGUCUGUUGGCGGACAACAUGUCAGGUUCGGGCGUAUCCGACAACGGCACAGUAAUGGGCGAAUCUGGCAGCGAUUACUCACCGAAUAAAUUACCUCAUUCAGUUUUAGCUAAGUCUAUAUCCCCACCACCUCUCAGGCAUCGUACACUAAUACAACAACGAUCAGGACCCGCGACAUUGCAAUCGAAUCGUACCAAGUUCCAAACUCCCCGUUAUCCCGAGGAGCAGGCCUUGCGUCAGGUGAAACCUUUGCUAGCUCGAUCCUCACCUGCGGCCUCCAACUCUGGCCAGUUGCAGGCAUUCCAAUCAAUGGGCGAUGGCCAUCAGACAAGAGACAGCAGUCUAGAUUCGGAGACAACCUUUACAUCACCGAUCUGCAGUAGACCUAUUGAGGAGACCGCCUCAAGUUCUUAUCCUGUUCAAAUACAGAAUCAAGGCGAUGUCCAAGCAGAGGGCCAUGGCGAGAGCGAAAACGACAUUGAGGCCAACGAUGAGCAGCAAGCGCUGCUUCAGACAGGGGAUGCUAGUGAAGACAACGUCAAUGCCAAGGAUGGAGAUGUAACAGGGGGCGGCAGUGGUUGUCAGAGUAAUGAAGGCACGUAGCAAUAAGUAAAUAUAAAUACACACAACCAACAUACAAACAUUAAAAAAAAUCGCUAAGUACUUAGUUAUUCUAAGUAUUAUAUCCAAACAAAAGAACAAAAACUCAAAGUGAUAGCAAAGUUAGCAAAAAUGGAAUGUGAAUUAUAUAAAAGCAAUGAACAGUAUCCUAGUCAAAAUGGUGUUAGCAAGUUGAAUAUUUUUACACAGCCCAAAGCUAAGAAAACAAACAAAAAACACAAAAAAAAUGGAAAAAGAAGAAAGUGAAAUGAAACUACUCGACCGGCCGUAUAUAGUAGAUUCAACAACAGAACGAAAGAAAUUGCAACAGCAACAUUAAAAUGAAAUGAAAAAAAAAUAUUAUAUAAAAAUACAAAUGCCCUUAUCAUUGUGCUUGACGAAGGAAAAAAGGCGCAUGGAAAUUAAUAACAGUAACUUCUUUAAUGAAUAAGUUCUAAGCAUCCUUUACUUACCAGCAUAAACUUGCAUACAUAUGUACAGAGCAAACAUUCAUACACAGCCUAAAUAGUAACAAAACGCAGAAACUAAAACCAAAUGCAGUAAACCAAAACACUAAACUAGCACUAUAACACAACUAAAUAUUAACAUAAACAAAAUCACCAGAAAAGCCUAAAUUGCCGAUAGGAAAAUAGCAACCAAACAAAGGAAAGUAAUAUUCAUAUUUAAAGUAUCAUAUACAAAUGUAAAAGUCCUCUGGUUACAUAAAUGUAUAUUUAUACAUCUUCAACCAUCGGAAUUACGAUUUGCAGCAUAUUUACAUACAGAUGAAUAUACAUAUAUAUAUCUAUAUAUAUAUAUUUAUUUAUUCUUCAAAGUCACGCGCCAAAGAGGAAAAUAUACAGUCACUUUUUAUAGUAGAUCGGAUAUGCCACUAUUUACCAUAUGUAUAAUAAGAAUUCUAAAAAUGAAAAAAAAAAACAACUAAAAAAAUCAUAAUUGUAUUUAAAACUCGUUACGCAAUUGUUCGUUUGUAUAUGUUUAAAGGUAAAGCGACCAUCACCUGUUCCGAUAGAUGGAAACUACCUACCAUAAGUUAGUUUAAAUUUUAAUUUCGCAUAUGAUCGUAAUAAUAGUAAAGGUAAAUUAUUUGACAAAGAGAUCCCAAUCGAUAAGGAAUGCAGCUGAUAUUAAUGUUAUUACUAUAUUUAAUUAUCGGCUGAAUACCGACUACGAUAGUACCUAUGAAUAUGAGACAUUUGGUUGCAGCAAAUGGCAUAUUUCAAAUUAACCAGCCAUUGUUAAAGUUCUUUCUUUUCAUCCACAUGGAUGUCAACUCAUUAUUUUAUCGGUUGCAGUUAAAAAUGGUUGCGCUCUAUAAAGUGUAGUUUAUGGUUUCGGGCAUCUAACGGUUGCAUUCCUAGCUUAGUCACAAACAUUCUUAAUGUAUAAAAAUCAAAAGUUCUAUAGACACAGUUACAAAAGCAGAUAUCAUGUGUACCCAAACAAUGACUAAAUAAAUAUGCCUCUUGAUAUUUGUGGGAAAAAUAUACGUGAAAAAAAUAUAUAGGUGAUAUUUUGUGAGCUCGCUUUCGAUGUGUGCGUUUGUGUGUGUGUUAGGUGAGUUAGUUAGAUCUACUCCAAGUAGUUUAAUCGUGUCUCAUUAUUUUGUUGUUGGCUUUCUGUUUCUAAAAUACGUAAGCAAUAAAAUUGGAAAUCAAUAUUUUUGGACUAAAGUUGUUCAAUGGUAAAACUGUCGCCCUACUCAAGGGAAAUAACCUUUCCCCUAAAACACAUUGUCCUACACCAACCCCACAAUUCUUUCGUCAAUUAUUUAAAUUUUACCCCAAAUCAAAUAAUUUCCUUUGCAAGUCUUCUCCUUUCUUGCUUUCUCUGCUUUUAGAAACAUUCCAUUGGUAUUGUUAUUAACUACGUACUUAGUAUCUCUUAAUAAAUCAUACACACACAAAAGAAAAUACAACUAAAAACAAAAAAACAAAAAUUUAUAAAAACAAUUAAGCAUUUGAUGAAAGUUUUAAGCAAAUUUUUAGGCCUGGCUAGCAAAAUGUGCUAAUUUUUACGCAAGAAAUACAAAUAAAGCAAAAAAAAAAACGUUAAACAAAAAUCCUACAAAAAGAUCAAUAAAUUCCAGCAUUUAUUAAGACAUUAAAGUUAAUCUAAUAAAUAUUUAAGCAUAUAUGUAUAUAAAAUUUUAAGAAGCUUAAAACUAAUUAAGCCUUAAACUGUCCAGCGUUUAACAAUUCUGCUAGUUCGAAAUAAUAUCCAUUAUGUUCUUUCACCCUAUUUCGUAUGAAUGAUCUUUAUAGGAGAUGCUGCAGGGCUGCAAAAAUGUAUGAGAAAUGAAGUCAAAUGCUAAUUCGCCUCUUAGAAACAUAUCAGUAGAAUGAAUACAACAACAACAGCAUACACAAAUAACAAUACACACACAAUUCUAUA